AUGGCUUAAUUUAAAAAAUAGUAAUAAAAGACAUAGGCUCCUUAAAAAAAGAAGGUAAAAAGCGAAUUGACUGAUGACUAAAAACAAGAAAUUAAAGAGGCAUUUGAUUUAUUUGAUACUGAUCGUUCUGGAGCUAUAGAUUGUCAUGAAAUUAAAGUAAUUCUCCGUGCUCUGGGAUUCGAAGUAAAAAAGUAAGAGGUGCAAGCAUUGAUGAAAGAAUAUGAUCGAGAUGAAACCGGUCGUAUUGAGUAUAGUGAUUAUAUAGAACUAAUGACUAGAAAGUAUUGCGAAAGAGAUCCUUAAGAUGAAAUAUUCAGAGCAUUUAAACUGUUUGAUGAUGAUAACUCAGGAAAGAUUACUUUGAGGAAAUUAAAAAAAGUAUCAAAAGAAUUGGGGGAGAGUUUGAGUGAUUAAGAAUUGUAAGCUAUGAUAGAUGAAUUCGAUAAAGAUGGGGAUGGACAAAUUAACAUUGAUGAAUUUCUUAGCAUCAUGAAAUAAACAACAAUUUAUUGAACCAAUUAAUGAUUAAUAUAUCU